GAGGCCAAUUUUGGGUGAUUGUCCAAAUGGUGAAACGUUGAUGAUUGUUGUUAUUGUAGCUGAAGUGGGAUAAUGCAGUUACUAGAGAAAGGAGAGCUGCAGUUUCAGCCUCUGUUCUUUUAAUUGCUGCAUAACAGCUCAGUCGAACUUCUUAUUGGAAGUUUGAAAAAAGUGUCAAAAAGAAACAAAAGAAGUACAGGGGAUGACAUGCUCAUGGGAGUUGUUUCAGUACCACAACCUUAGACAGGAAUUGCAUCUCAGUCUUUCUUUGCUCUACCUUGCUUCGUCAUCCAUUAUAUAAUGGAGAUUUGACAAUGAAAAGAGGUGCCUCAGUUUCAUCGGCCAUGGCGGAUCUUGUUCAGGAUGAGACUGCAACCACCACUGUUCACAUGUCUUCUAAGAAGGAGCUUCUUUCCACUGCCCUGAAGAGAACCAGUGAAUGGAUUUUCUCCCAGGAGAUCCCAAGUGAUGUUACCAUUCAUGCUGGAGAAGGCUAUUUUUGCUUGCAUAAGUUUCCAUUAGUCUCUAAGUGUGGAUACAUAAGGAAACUGAUAUCUGAGUCUAGUGAUGCUGACCAUUCUGUCAUUGAACUCCAUAAACUCCCGGGCGGGGCAGAUGCAUUCGAACUUGCAGCUAAAUUCUGCUAUGGCAUAAAUUUUGGGAUGACGACGGAAAAUAUUGCUGCACUACGAUGCGUGGCAGAGUAUCUAGAGAUGGCUGAGGAGUACGCUGUUGGAAACUUAGUGGGAAGAACUGAAGCCUACUUGAAUGAAGUGGCGCUCACGAGCCUCGCAGGGGCAGUUUCCGUUUUACAUAUGUCACAAGACCUCCUUCCAAUAGCGGAGAGAAUAAAAUUGGUGAGCCGAUGCAUAGAUGCCAUCGCAUAUAUAGCCUGCAAAGAGAGUCAAUUCUGCACGUCAAGUAGGGCUGAGGGUGUCAAUGAGGGUAUUAUUUCUUCUUCAGUCUCUCACUCAAAGGCCAUUCUUGAUUGGUGGGCUGAGGAUUUAACUGUUCUUAGAAUUGAUAUCUUUCACCGAGUUCUGAUUGCAAUGAUGGCUAGAGGUUUUAAACAAAAUGCUCUCGGUCCAAUACUAAUGCUCUAUGCACAGAAAUCUCUACGAGGUUUGGAAAUCUUUGGAAAGGGAAGGAAGAAAAUUGAGCCAUCACAAGAACACGAGAAGAGGGUCGUAUUAGAAACAAUAGUAAGUCUUUUGCCGAGGGAAAAGAAGGCAAUGUCUUUAAGCUUUCUCUCUAUGCUGCUUCGAGCUGCAAUAUUUCUUGGCACAACAGUUGCUUGCCGGCUUGAUUUGGAGAAGAGGAUGGGCAUGCAAUUAGGCCACGCUGUUUUGGAUGAUCUCUUGAUUCCUUCGUAUUCAUUUACCGGGGACACAUUGUUUGACGUGGAUACAGUGCAGCGGAUUCUGAUGAAUUUCCUUGAAUAUGAAAUCGAUGGGAACCGCUUGAUCUACAAUGCAGAUGAUGAGUAUGUUUCUCCUCCACCGAGUGACUUGGAACGGGUUGUGAAGCUAAUGGAGAACUACCUUGCUGAAAUAGCCUCUGAUCGCAACUUAUCGGUUUCAAGGUUCAUUGGUCUUGGUGAACUCAUCCCAGAACAACAGAGGGUGACAGAAGAUGGGAUCUAUAGAGCUAUAGAUAUCUACCUAAAGGCUCAUCCUGCAUUAAGCGACAUGGAGAGAAAGAAAGUUUGCAGCUUGAUGGACUGUCAGAAACUAUCUCGGGAGGCCUGUGCACAUGCUGCUCAGAAUGAACGCCUUCCUGUUCAAACUGUGGUUCAAGUGCUUUAUUAUGAGCAGCAACGCCUUAGAGAUGUCAUGAGUGGCAGCGGCGGCAUCAUGGGUGAAGAUUCUCCUACCCUACCUUCCAAGUUAAAGUUAUACCCCACUGAUAUCCGCCCGGUUUCGGAUGAGCUCUCCAGCCUACGAAGAGAGAAUGAGGGCUUGAAAAUAGAGCUCAUGAAAAUGAAAAUGAAACUGAAAGAGCUUGAAAGGUCUACACAUAGUUCAUCGGUAAGCAGUCCAAUGAAAAACGCUCUGCCAUCUGCAGAUAAGCCUCCCCUGCCUCGAAAAUCUUUUAUAAGCAGUGUGUCCAAAAAACUUGGGCGGUUUUCUCCUUUCAUACGAAGUGAUGGUGCCACUGCCAAUACAAUAGGUCGGAUGAAACCCAACAAGAAUCGCCGGCAUUCCAUAUCUUAAGACAUUAGUAAUUUGUUUCUGAGCUCUGUUAGUAGUUUAGCUGUGAUGUUUAGUGUCAUUGUUGCUUUGUUUGCUUGAAAAGAGGACUAGCUGCGACUUCUGCCUGCUUCUGUUUUCCUCUUUCAACUUCAUUUGUGUAAAAUCAUUGUAAAUUAUGUCUGAUGUUUUCUACGAGAAUAUAAUUCAAAGCUGGAGGAUAUAAAAGGGGAAAUUGUUGAGUGUAA